UAUUGUUUUUUUUAAUGACAAAAAUACGUUUUUUUAUUAGUAUAUAAACCUAUGAAUUCAGCUUCUUUGAAACUUUAGUUCAAGAUUUCUGAAAAGUCAAAAUGUAUUCAACAUUUUUUAAGGUCAUCUACAUUUGUACUUAUCUAAUAGUGUUAGUAUUGGCAAAUGAUUACCAAGAAAACUUGAAACUAACUCGAAAUAAUUUCGAUAUCGCAAAAUAUGAAUUAAUGAAUUGCUUAAAUCAAAAAUCGAUGGCUCAUAAUGUACGAGGAUCAGGGUGGUGUUCAAGGGAAGCAACAGAUUUAUUAAGUGAAGCUAGAAUAUUACAUGUAAUUGGUGAAAUGACGGAUGAAGCUAUGGAAUUAGAAAUAGGACACUAUGUCUGUAGUAUAUCUAAAACAGAAAUUAAAGCAAUGUUUUCUGGAGAGGAUGUUUAUAAUGAUUGUUUAACUUUUACUAAGGAAUGUGGUGCUGAAUACAGAAGGGUGUUAUAUUUAGAAAAAGAAGAGACUGUCUCUAUACUUCAAAGAUUUAAAUCAUUUGCCUCAGACAUAAAAAAAAAAUUGAAUAAAAAAUCUUCAGAAGAAAAUUGAUAUCUGCUACAAGAAAAAUCGAUUAAUAUUGCAAAACAAAAAAGAAUAUUUUAACAUUUUAAAAAUAAGUUUACAUUUUAAUAAAAUUUACUGUUGAAAAAUAUUGUUUACUAUUGCUUAAUUGCUAUUAAGUUAAUUAUUAGUUUUACAUUUGGUAAAAUAUUAAAUAUUUUGUCUAAUAAAUUUGGUAUUAAACAAAGAA